AAGCGCUUGACAUCUCUGGCUGUCUGUCGUGUUGUGCUUAUUUGCGGCAUAUUGAAUGACGUGAUGUCCAGUUGAUUUCAGCGGAGGACAUGCGGUUAUGGGCAACGCUUUGUUGAGCAGGAUCCACGACUAGAAUAAAACACCUCUAAGAUCUGAGCGAGGCAUUGAGAGAGAGAGAGACGAUUACAGUGGAUUUAAUGACACUCCAUCAAAGCAUCACAUUCUGAUCUGCCGAGAUAUGGAUGGAUACCUGCCACCUCAGUUUCAUGCAUUGUCAGACCAUAAGAAGUAUUGUCAAGACAAUUCUUUGACUAUGGACCAAGGCACACCAUAUAGCAUAAACAUGAAUGUUUUCUUACCUGACGUCACCUACCUACGAACCGGCAUGUGUAGAACCGUGAGGUCUGCGGGGCCGCAGAUAAAGACUGAACCCAUACAUUCAUCAUUCAACUACUCCAGCUGCCAUGGCUCCAUUGCGCCCACCAUGACCCAUCAAGAAUACACAAACCUCUACACUCCAGCUCCGGAAACAGGUUGUAAUGUUUACAUCAAGCAUGAGACGCCAUCCCUCGAAUUCCCAGACGUUCCACUGUAUCAGCUGUUGAAUUCAGAUCUGGAGCCCAAUGUGCCUGGAGGGCACUCUUGCACAGAUUCCCACAAUGCCACGUGCUCUCCCAUGUCAACGUAUAACAGCAUUCACCCAGCACCCAGUCAUGGCACAGAGAGAUCAAUUUGUAAUAUGGCCAGCAAUGGAUAUUCUCUAUCUGCCCAGUUUGGUUCGCAUCCUCAGAAGAGGGCGGCCUAUCUACCACCCUCCCCACCCAACUCAGAACCAGGCAGUCCAGACAGGAGGAAAGAACUCAUACAGAACUUAUCGCCACCUCCGUCAUAUGCUGCUAGCAUGGCAUCAAAAAUGGCAUGUCUUACCCCUGGACCAGCACUUUCUGUCCAAACACAACAGGUGCCUGCCCAGUACAACCGCAGGAGCAAUCCCGAUCUGGACAAAAGGAGGAUACAUCACUGUGAUGUGCCAGGAUGCAAGAAGGUCUACACCAAGUCCUCACAUUUGAAAGCCCACUUACGCACUCACACAGGCGAAAAGCCAUACAAGUGCUCAUGGGAGGGGUGCGACUGGCGCUUCGCCCGCUCCGACGAGCUAACGCGCCACUUCAGGAAGCACACGGGGGCCAAACCUUUCCAGUGCUCCGUAUGUAGCCGUUGCUUCUCCCGAUCGGACCACCUGGCCCUCCACAUGAAAAGACACCAGAACUAGAGGCGCCCGCUCUCGUUGUUCUGACGGUGCUGCGGGAGGGCAAUCAGGACCUCUGUUGAUGAUACUAAUUAGGAUUUGGGUGUGUUGGUUAAUCUCGGGUUUUGGCAGUUCAUCAGGUACAACAGGACCAAACCCUGCCGUCGGUACGGCUCCUGUGGUCAUAAAAACCAGCUAAUUGAUGAGAACUUGGCUCGAUGGCCAUAUGGGACAUUCUUUUGACAUGUUUGUUUGUUUCUUCAUUUGUCUGCAUAUUUUGAGGCCAUUAUUUAGGACUACUUUUAACGUGCCUUUUUUACCUUGUAGAAUUGAGGUGCCACAUAAAAAUGUAAAAAAAAAUUAAGAUCGUGUGAGCAGUUUUAGUUAACUGUAAAGGAACAUUCUGGGUUUAAUACAAGUUUAGCUUAAUUGACAUCAUUUGUGGUGUAAUGUUGAAUACCACAAGAUUGCAGUGCUGGAUGGAGCACACAAAAUCAAACACUUGAUUGCGUUGGAGAAAAAAUGCCCUAUUAAAGUAUUACAGUGAAGAAAAUUUGACAAUUUUAGCUCAGUUAAAGAACAAAUAAACUUGAUUUUUAAUGAACUUGAGCUCUUUUUUAGAAAAUGUUGUGGUAAUUAACAGAACACCUCAAGUUCUGUCAGCUGAGCUUGAAAAGGUAGUUCAGCCCUCGAAAAAAACUAUUACCGCACUAUUCACUCACGUUAAAGUGGUUCUAAACCCUUGAAAAUUUAUUUGUACAGUUGAACACAAAACAAAAUAUUGUGUAGAAUGUCAGAAUCCAGCAGCUAUUGGCAUACAAAAAAAAAAAUAAUAUAGAAGUCAAUAGUUCUGUUUCCAUCCAAAAAUGUGAAUGAACUUUAAGCGCAAAGCUGGAAUAUCGCAUUAAAAGCCGUGCAAAUAAAUCACCGUUUCCAUCCAAUAAGUCAAAGAGAACAAAAUCGCCACUUCCUGAUUAAAUGAGCAAAUCUUUUCUUUAUUUACUAAAUGACUUGCGCUUCAGAAGACAAUGCCGACACGCAUUGAACGCGCGGUGUCAGUUGAAGGCAUGAGCACAGACGCUCUUGAUUCUGGAGGUAAUUAAUAAUAUAAUAACACUAAUACUGAAACGGCGAAGGCGUUUUAGAAUGACCAAAACAACAGUUCAGAUGUUUUACAAUGUGCUCAGCCUGCUGGUUUGUCCAUCCACACACGUUUUGAUCAUCACUUGAUCUCUUACAACAAAAUCACAUGAUUUUUAAAUGUGCAUACUUUGUUCGGUAAAAGUGUUUCCAUCGUAGUUUAUGCGCAUCUUUUCUUAUUGAAUAAAAAGUUUAUCAUACUCAGUUAUACGCAUAUAUUUUUUAUACGCAUGUCAAAAUUAGGUGGAUGGAAACUUAGCUAAUGGCUGCUACUUUCCAGCAUUCUUCAACAUACCUUCAUCUUCCUUUGUGUUUAACAGAAGAAAGAAACUAAUUUUAAGCUGAGCUAUCCCUUUAAAUUGCACUGAACCCAGAAUAUAUAUCGUAUAUCACAAGGUAAAUAAUAUAUUAAAAAAAGAGCUGUAGAGUUGGUUGUAGAACCAAUUUGCAGAGCAGUCAUGAGAAUGUAAUCCACGAAUGCUGAGUCACAAUGUUUUAAGGUCUCUUAAAAGCAGCACUUGAUAAGAAACAGCAAUUCAGAAAUUGGUGCAGGAGCUGGCGGGUAAUUAGAAAAUUAAAUGUAGCUUCAUAACACCAAAGAGUUGGAUCAAGUCCAAACUACGAUAUAUUUCGAAGAGGAUUCGCUUUGCGGAAGCAACAUGUUUUAAACGAGCACAAUCUAAUGAUUGAUUGUUAAUUCUUGUGCUUUACUGAAAUGCAAUAAGUGGUACAAAUGCUGUAUUUUUUUCCUGGAAAGAGGAGAGUUCAGAUAUCGGUUACUUCCAUAGUUGUUUAUUUUUUUCUUACUAUGCAUUUGUUUGGGAUAAAUGAUAGCUUUAAAUGUACAGUAAAUAUGACGUGUAUUUAUUUUGCACAUUUUAUUUCUUAUUUUUUAUCAAAUGUAACUCGAUGCUUACAUGAAAUGUGCACCGGGUUACUGGGAAGUGGUUUUAGAAAUCUUUGUUCAAACUAAUAGUGCUCUAAAUGGCUGCAUUAUGUGGAACAAUGUGGCAGCUGAUUGUUUACAUUAGUUGGUUUGGCUUAUGGUGUGUGUUACAUCUGUAUGUGUGGCCUCAUAAAACCUCUUAUUUUCCAUUACAGUAAUAAAAAUGUUUUCCGCCUUAUUUUUCAGAGAUUGCAAAUGCAUAACAGAAGGGACUCGUUACUGAUGACAAGCUGGUGUUGUUCCUGAAAUGGAAGUAAAAUAGAUUGGGGAGCAUAUGGAGGUUUUUUUUUUGUUUGUUUGUUUGUUUGGUCUUUUUUUUAUCUGAGGUAAUGUAAUAUGAGGACUCACAGUGUUUAUACAGCUAUAUGAAAAAAUAAAGAGACAAAUCUUGACUUGACAUUU